UUUUGUCCGGCAGCAGAGCAGCAAGCAGCAGUUCAGUUCGUAAAGAGAAACCACUGGAGAGACUUUUAGAGACAGAAACACAGGACAGGACGGGUGGAGAAAAAGGAAGCCGGUACCGUGGAGGAGUCUGUAGUUGGAGGACAACACCAACUGGACAGUGAAAGGGAAGAACCGAGCUAAUAGGAGCUGUCAUUUUUAACUUUUAAAUUAACGGCUCAACAGUCACUUCUUUGGCAGGUUAGCUUAAGCUAGCUUCUCGGCUAACACCUUUUCCUCUUCUCAACCGGGAGAAACUGCACCUGUCCCGGCUGUCAGCCACACAGUCACCUGGUAUAAACUCAAAACAAUGUGGUGCUCCAUUGUGAAUGACUUUUCUCGCCCGGAGGAGGGUUUAACACACACUUUGCCAAGCGACAACCAGUGAGAGCUAACUAAUCCAAGCUAACAAGUUGACGUGGAGGAGGAACUCAAGAUCUUUUCUUUUUUUUUUUUUUUGGAUCGUCCAGAUUGUUGUUGAUCUCCAAACUGUGAUUUCAUACGGAUUACUUUUUUGUUGUUGUCUCCUUAACUAUCUGUGAAAAUUACAGAUUUACUAAACCAGCCAGUUAGCUAUGUUUAUUUGUGGCCAGAAAGUAAUUUCCAGUGUUUACAAAUCCCACAGUGGGACUCUCUCCUGGUUCCAGUACUGCACUGGGAACAUUAGCUAACACAGACUAGUGUGUUUACUAGAUUAGAUAGGACAAAGUGUUGCCAAACAAGUUAAAAUAAUCUGCUUUUUUUUCUGCCAGUGAUCUGACAUUACUGCACAGCUGAAACUAAAAAACAAAUUUAAGAUUUCCUGCAGAUCAUCUUGUAGUUGCAGGUUUUUUUGUGCCACCAGUGAUCUGAAAUUCCUGCACACCUGAAACUAAACAACAGUGUGUCUGAUCGCAACCCUUUACCUCCACUUGACAGUGAAGUCACGUUGAGUUGUUUUCCGCAGGGAGUUGAUCCAUUGAUCGGAUCGUUAUUGUGCUAUUUUAGCUGAUUGAGGAAGGGGAGAAAAAAGGCAGAAGGAUAGAGAGAGACAGAGAUGUCGGGCCAAUCUAUCACGGAUCGGAUCGCAGCAGCCCAGCACAGCAUGACCGGCUCUGCUAUCAGCAAGGCUGUGUGCAAAGCCACCACGCAUGAAGUCAGUGGACCCAAAAAGAAACACCUUGACUAUCUGAUCCACUGCACCAAUGAGAUGAACGUGAGCAUUCCCCAGCUGGCCGACACGCUGUUCGAGCGCACGGCCAACUCCAGCUGGGUGGUGGUCUUCAAAGCCCUCAUCACCACCCACCACCUCAUGAUGUACGGCAACGAGCGUUUAAUCCAGUACUUGGCCUCCAGAAACACUCUGUUCAACCUGAACAACUUCCUGGAUAAGGGAGCUCUGCAAGGUUACGACAUGUCGACCUUCAUCAGGCGGUACAGCCGUUACCUGAACGAGAAGGCCAUGUCCUACAGACUGGUGGCUGUGGACUUCACCAAGAUGAAGAGGGGGAUUGACGGUGUGAUGCGUACCAUGAACACAGAGAAGCUGAUCAAGACGCUGCCCAUCAUCCAGAACCAGCUCGACGCUUUGCUGGAUUUCCAGGCCAAUCCUAACGAGCUGACCAACGGAGUGAUCAAUUCGGCUUUCAUGCUGCUCUUCAAAGACUCCAUUAGGCUGUUUGCUGCCUACAAUGAAGGGGUCAUCAACCUAUUGGAGAAAUACUUUGACAUGAAGAAGAACCAGUGCAAAGACGCUCUGGACAUCUACAAGAAAUUCCUUUACAGGAUGACAAAGCUGUCAGAGUUCCUCAAAGUGGCCGAGCAAGUUGGAAUAGAUCAGGGUGACAUCCUAGAUCUCUCACAGAAAACAAAAGGAUCACACAUUGCCCCCAGCAGCCUCCUGGAGGCGUUGGAGCAGCACCUGGCCUCCCUGGAGGGCAAGAAGACAAAGGAGUUGAACGCAGACGCCAGGGCGUCCACCCUGUCCAGCGCCGUCUCGUCCCUCUCCUCCACCGGCAUGUCCUUCAGCCGGAUGGACGAGAAGGAGAAGCAGCAGGCCCUGGAGGAGGAGCAGGCCCGACUGCAGGCUCUCAAGGACCAGCGCCUGAAGGAGAUGGGCAUGCAGACCCCCCCCUCCGCCUCCCCCAGCAGCCAGUCGAUAGGCAGUGCCAACAACAACCACCACAUCAUACACACCCCGGAGCUAUUCACGUCCACGCUCUCUGCCAACAGUGUGCCCAAUCUGAACAGUGACCUGUUUGAUCUUCAGCCGGCCUUCAUCCCCGCUGUGCAGAGCAACCCUUCAAUCUCCACUGCCAACAGUGCCUGGGGAGGAUUGGAGAACCAGCAGACCGCGGCAGCCAUGACAGUAGAUUUCGAUGCCGUGUUUGGGAAUAAGACGGCGCCCAGUAACAACGGCACACAUCCUGCAGCCGGUUUCGAUGCUCUGGGCGACCUGUUGAAGCCUACGAUGCCCACACAUAACGCACCUCUUCCUCCUCCUCAAAUGGCCAUCCAUCAUGGAGGGAAGCUGCUAGCCAAUGACCUCGACUCCUCUCUGGCCAACCUCGUGGGCAAUCUGCAGUUCGGUGGGACCCCAGCCAAGAACUCGUCCCUCUACAGGCCAGAGAUGCAGUGGAACCAGCCGGGGGAGAAGAAGCUGACCGGGGGACACAACUGGCACAAUAAGACCAUGUCGACCACACAGUGGGGUCCGGGGCCCAUGGCUCCACAGCCCAUGCCUGUACAACACGUGGCUCCAGCCCCCAUGGCUUUUCCCAUGACCACACCGCAAGUGCCUGUGUAUGGAAUGGUCCCUCCCCAGAUGGGUCAGAUGGGCGGGGUACAAGUGAUGGCUCCUCAGCCGAUGAUGUACAACCAGCCGGUCCUCAGACCCACAAACCCCUUUGCACCCAUGCCCGGAGCCCAGGUCAGCUAUCCUGUACUCGUGCAUUCAUACACACAAAACGACUCGUUUGCAACCGAAAAGAUGCAGUUUAUGUAAUCCAGUCAGGGGGGAAGCAGAGUGCCAAAAAGCGACAAACAAACAGCAGAAGAAAACACACGAGGAAAACGAUCCGAUGGACGGGGGAACGAUGGGAACGAGCUCAAAACGACUAAGAGACAGACAGACAACAAAUAAGAAAACGAGGAGGGGAACACCAGCGAUGGAGGGAUGUGUCGGGGAGGGGGGUGUCAUCCUGGCUGGUCAUCCUGGCUGGUCAUUGUCUGAAACAACUUCUUGAAUGUGCGUGUGUGUGUGUGUGUGGCUUCUUUCUGUCUAUUUUGUGUUUUUAAAAUCAUAUCGAUGGAGUGAUUGCUUCAGGAGAGGGAACAGGGAUGAGAGAGAUAGAUGUGAAGGAAGAUGGCGGCGUAGAGAAGAGGGUCAUCCUACCUCUGAGAGAGUCAGGAUUAGCUUUAUUUCAUACUGGUGCUAUUCGGUCCUUUCUGGGUUACUGUCCGCCUGCAACGGCAACCUGGGAGCACUUAAGGGAGGACAUGUGUGUGUGUGUGUGUGUGUGUGUGUGUGUGUGUGUGUGUGCAGUUGUUUCAGACAAUGCCUUCACAACGGCCUCCUCUCCAUCGCCUUUGUUCGCUGUCUGUAUCCACGACGGUCCAAUCAGCGGCGGAUUUUAGACGCAAAUCUUCUCCCGUGAUUUCCGCUCUGUUGGGGAAUAUCUUUGUAUUUUUCUUCUGCAGCCUCUCCUGAAUGUUAUCGGGGCUUGUACAGCAAUUUGUCGAACCAUUUGUUAAUAGUAGUCGGAGCGUUUGUUGUUAUGGGUUGUUAAGCUUAGGUCUUUGUUACUCAUACGGCAUUGUUUGUCUCCUCCUGAAACCACAGAUACACACAGAGCGACCGGGAUUAGCGGUGAUAACACGUUAGCUGAGCCGUCUAAAUUAUCUGGGAACCAAAACUCUUAAAGCCUGGCCACGCAAGAGUGAUGCAGCAAAAAUUCAUCCCUGCUUUACUGAGAAAUGUGUGGAUUUAUAAGCACGGUGGAGUGGUAAAUCCUAACAGGACUACUUUAGCUGGCAGGCUAACUGCUAACACCUUAGCCUGCCUGCUACGUGCUAGCGCUAGCAAGCACAAUUACUCUCUGUGCUUCAGUCUAUCAACUCAACUCGUUUGUAUGUUAUUUUACCUAUUUAAUAAAAUAAAAAGUUAUUAAAGAGGGGAAACAAAUCUCUCAAAUUGUCAGUUAGCGUAAUUGCUAACAAAACACACAUGACUUGACAUAUUUUGGUCUACAAAUCAUUCCUCUUUCCAGAAGAGAAGGAAACAGUGUUACACUUUUAUCUUGACACACUUUUGGCUCCCGUAACGCUCAGUAAAAAGUCAAAUAAAACACAUUUGAUUGUAUUUUUUACUCUAAAGCAACUGCACAUUUUUUAUUAGCAUCGUUAGCUGCCGGUUAGCACACCUGGUUGAUCCGUGUGUAUCUGUCAUGUCCUCAUCACCUGACCAACAAGAUUUCAGACUUCAGAGGCUUCUAAAAUAAGCUUUUUCAUUCGCUACACCUUAUUAUGUUCCAAUUCUUGAUGAUAGCAGCACUGAGUGAGGGAUUCAUUUGAUUGAAUCGAGUUCAAAUUGCACUGAAUCAAAGUGAGCGGCUUUUAAGUGCAACUCCGUCUGCACCGAGAGCCGAAACAACACUGAACUUUUGGCAUCACCCUCGCUCAAAUCUAACCAUUGUUCGGCCGAAGCAACCGUCACCACGAGUUCCACUGUUGGUCUUUAUAAUGCAUUGUUUGUGCGUGUUUGUUUUCCAUUGAGGGCUAUUUCUGAGGGUCUAAUUGUGUCAGAUUUUCGAGCCAAAUUUGAGCCAGCGAGUUUGACACAAAAUGUGCUUUCUUUUUGUUUUUGUAAAAUCAAAGUUUUGUUGCAAAAAUGUUGCACUGAAGUGACUAACCUGCCGCGGGAGGAGCUGUCCCAAGACCCUCCUGGUGUGUGAGAGAAAGCUGAGAAAGAGAUUUGAAGUUUGUAGAAAAUCGUUUGAGGUUUUACAAUAACACGUGUGUUCUAAUCUACCGGCCACUUUUGGCGGGUAAACAAAAAGUUGUUUUUUCCUGCCAUUCUAAACUUGAAACUUUUUGUAGUCCCAUCCCGAUCCAUCCAGCGUCCAGCAUCCCAGUGAUAGUUCCUCAUCUUCACAGCUUCAGUCUCUCAACUCUUGUCUAGUUGCUCUAUCUCUAGAAUGCUUCUUUGGCCUGCUCCGUCACUGUUUGCUAUGUGUAGAUAUGUAAAAAAGAAAGUAAUAAUAACCACUUCCUGUCUAGAUUGUCCGCUCCCUCCCAUCACUGUUGGAUAGAUAUUGCUCUUAGACGCUUCUUGUCGCAGUCUUGUGUUAGCUUAGCCUCUCAUAGUAUCCUCCUCCCUCCGCCCUAGUAUCUAUAGCUCUAGUAUCUCUCUUGGUGUCUCUUGUCUUUUAGCUGUAGACCUUUCGGAGGCUCUCAGGCUUUGUGGUUCGCUUUGAGUGGCGCUAUUCUUCUCCUCGCUGUUAGCAUCGCUCCGGUGUCUGGUUAAGAUAAGGUCCUCAUCUUUCUUUGUUUUUAUAUAUCGACAACAUUGACCAUCUUCGCCUCUCGUUAUGAUGUCAGCAGCCUACAAACUGUCUCUGAUUGGACUGUUGAACGCGAGCAGCCAAUCGGAUUCUUGCAUAUCCAGGUUUUUAGCGACGAAAGUUGGAGACUUUGUUGGAUUUCGGGAAAGACCUAAAGCCAGUCGGAUUGGAAAUGGGAAACACUCAAUGCUUUCAUUUUGAUUUAAGCAGCGGUUUUAUACUUUGUCUGUUUAACUAGCCACUUUUAAAGGUUUGGCAAGAGUAAAAGGAAAUCACCCGGGAAGUAAAAGACAAAACAGAUUUUAAAAAGUUGCACUUUCUGGCGUUUAUCAACCAGAAUCUCGGGUGUCCUAAGCAGUUAUAAGGCUAAUUGGCUUCCAAGUUGGACUCUCAUUAAACAAUUAUCUUAAUCGAUGUUAGCACUAAAGAUGAGCUCUAAUCACGGCUCUUCAUUUUCAGGGACAUUUGGGAGUUGGCACUUGAGAAAGAGAAGCUGUUAGCGGCCGUGUGGCUCUGAUCCAGAAUCAGAUCAUCACCGCCCUGGAUCUUAGAGACAAUAAUUCAUAUCGGGUCGGUCGACUCCUGAUGUAUUCUAAUUUCCUUCUCAGAGUUUGGGUUGCUGUGAAGGACAGUGAAUUCAGUGCCGGGGAAAUACCCGACUCAAAUUCGUUUGACUCUUUGACCUUUUCAAUCCAAAUCUGCUUUUGGGGUUCUUAUCUCCUUUCUGUUUUCUAAACGUCUGCAUGGUAAAGUCCAGCCUGUUCCGAUGAGAUUUGUCUGUUUGUCUCGAGUGGUUUUCGAAGUGUUCGUCGGCUACAGAGCGUGGAGACGACUGUGGUUUCUGAGUCUCGUAAAUGGUACUGGCUGGUCUCCUUAGGGUCUAUGUAAGUGCCAGUAAUCAUCACGGAUUUAUAACAUAGUUAAUAAGGUUCAGUAUUUAUCAAGGGAGGGGUUUUGGCCGAGCAUGCGGGCUCGUUUUUCGGCCUCUCCCUCCCUUUUAAAAUCCAGACUUUCUCACAGUUACAGUUUCCCAGGACAACCACUGUUUCUUUUUUGAUGUCAACCUGGUCCGUUUGGGAUCGUGGUUCCUCUCUAAAAGCUGCUACCACCUCUCUGCAUUGUUGUAGCAUGAAUCAAGGUGGGGAAGGAAACACGGAUGAUGUCAUAGUAAAACGUCCGCUCUCCGCUCUUAAGGCCAAGUGUAUCAAACAUUCGGAGAGCAGCGAGCCAUUUCUGGGGAGUGCAUGGUUGUGUCGAUGUUCGUUGUCCUUUUUCUGAAAAAGCAUGACAGUGAUGGUGAUGAUGAAGAUAAAUUCCCUCCUCUUAUUGUCCCCGUGUUAAAUGGUUCUUGUCAAGCGCCCCAGGAACAAGGCGACGGGGCGAUUAUUGAUCAAAAUUUCUUGACUAGUUUGUUUGCCGUCCACGACAGGGACUGAAUCCUGACCGAUGUUCGUUCGGUCGCUAAACGAGCCACUGUAGCAAAAAAAACGGAGCGCCAAACUUUUUUGUGUUACUUCUCCCAAAGAUGUCACACUUGUUACUCGCAGCACAGACUUCGGGUUCUCGACGUGGCGCCCUCUAGUGGUCGCCUAAUGCGUUGCAACCAACAAAAAAAAACCCUGAACCGAAACAAAGAGAGAGGCUGUUUAACAGAUGCAUUUUUGUCCGUGAGUCGGUGUGUUGAAUCAAAGAUCUCUUCUUGUGCACGUUCUGUUUUUUCUACAUCUGUGUUUUUUGGUAAGAAACCCUCGGAUUGCUGCCUCACUAUUCUGUAUAUAAAGAAACACACACACAUACACACACACAACACAGAGCUUAAACACAUACUCUCAUAAUCUGCAAAACUGCAUUAUUUUUUAAUUUACUCUUUAUUUUUUUGGAAAGAUAUUAGCAUUAUUACAGCAGUAUAUAGGUAUGAUUACUCCUCAGAGGGGACGGGCUCAACAGACAGACGAUGCAGGUUUUCAGGAUCAGCCAUGAAUUCUCAAUGAUGCCAAAUGAGUACAACUUUUAAUCUGUCUCCCUCGCUUCUCUGUCUCCCCCCCCUCCCCGAUCCCCCACCCCCACCCCCCAUCUCUUUGUACAUUUUUUCUAUUUAUUUAAAGCAGAAUUAUAUGGAUUGUAUCAAGCAUGGAAAGGCAAACAAAUGUUACAGUUGACACAAAAAAAAAAUCACAGGCUUUUAUUUUACAGCAGUAUAUUUGUUUAUUCUAGGGAUCUGUUUUCUCUCUUUUUUUUGGAAGAAAUAAAAAGUCAUUUUCCAUUCCUGAA